AUGUGGAAACCCCCGUCCCCGACAGAAACCCCACGGUCGCCCUCUGUGGACGAGGCGGCAUUCGGCGCACUGUCAGCCACGCGAACCAAGAAUCCUGGUCGAAGGUUCGCCCAGGUCGUGAAGCUGAAGAAGGAAUGUGUGGACCAGUACAAGGCGUGCCACGCCGCCGUUUGGCCCGAGGUGGCCAAGCAGAUCAAGCAAUGCGGGAUUGAGGACUACAGCAUCUUCUACGACGAUACCACCGGCCUCUUGUUCGGCUCGUACAAGUACAUUGGCUACGACUACGCCGGCGACAUGGAGCGCAUGGCGGACAACCCCAAAGUCCGUGAGUGGUGGAAGAUGACGGACAGCUUCCAGGAGAGCCUUGUGCCUGGGGCUGUCAGCUCCGAGGCGGGCGUGCCAAGCUGGUGGAAGCCAAUGGAGGAGGUGUUUUACCAAGCCUAG